CGCUGCGGGGGUGAGACGGGCCGGACGGUCGGGACGCGAAGGAGGGAGCAGCGCCUGCUGAAUGCAGAGGACGGUGGCAGUCAUCGGUGGUGGGAUCAGUGGCCUCACCGCCUGCUACCAGCUGGCCAGGAGCCCCAAUGCUCCCAAGAUAAUCCUGCUGGAGGGCAGUGGCCGCCUAGGGGGCUGGCUCCAUUCCACUCGAACUGAGGACGGUGCCGUAUUUGAGCAUGGCCCCAGGGGGAUCCGACCUGCCGGGACCGUGGGGAGGAACACUCUGCUCAUGGUCUCUGAACUUGGCCUGGAUGCAGACGUGCUUCCGGUGCCCGGCGACCACCCGGCUUCCAAGAACCGCUACCUCUAUGUGAGCGGGGCGCUGCAUAGGCUGCCAUCCAGCAUUGGCGGUGUUCUGCGGACGGUGCCGCCCUUCACCAGGCCCCUAUUCUGGAGUGGACUGCAUGAGCUGGCAGCCCCCCGGGGCACCCAGUUGGAUGAGACCAUCCACAGCUUUGUGAGCCGCCGCUUUGGAAAGGAGCUGGCCGACAUCGCCAUCGACAGCCUGUGCCGGGGGGUGUUUGCUGGAGACUGCCGGGCCCUGAGCGUGCGCUCCUGCUUUCCUGCGCUGUUUGAGGCUGAACGGAGGUGGUGCUCCGUCAUCCUGGGGAUGGCCCUGGGUGGAGGGAAGGGCCCUGCCCUGGACUCGGCACUGAGCCGCAGGGCCCGUGACGAGCGCUGGAGCCAGUGGUCGCUGCGUGGUGGCAUGGAGACGCUGCCCGAGGCCCUGCAGGACUUCCUCAGACGGCAUGGGGUAGAAAUGCACUGCCAUGCCCGUUUGCAGCGCCUGGAGAGAACGGCAGCUGAGUGCUGGCAGAUCACCCUGGAGGAUGGCAGCGUGAGAGCAGACCAUGUGAUCAGUGCCAUCCCGGCCAGAGCUCUAGCAGUGCUGCUCCCCAGCUGGGCCAAGCCGCUGGCCCAGGAGCUGCGCAGCAUCGAGGCCGUGUCGGUGGGUGUGGUGAACCUGCAGUACAACGGUGCCACGCUGCCCAUCACGGGGUUUGGGCACUUGGUCCCCUCAUUCGAAGAUCACUCCCUGCUGGGCAUCGUCUACGACUCAGUCGCCUUCCCGGAGCAGAAUGGCACCGCCGGUCCUUCUGUCCGGCUCACGGUGAUGCUGGGAGGUGCGUGGUUUGAAGAGGGCUUUGGGGACCCAGAGAUGGUGCCAGAGGCCAGGCUGUUGAGCCGUGCCAAGGAGGCAGUGAGGGCACACCUGGGCCUGGCAGCUGAGCCCUCCUGCACAAUUGUCAAGGUGCUCAAGGCCUGCAUCCCCCAGUACACACUCGGCCACUGGCAGAGGACAGAGACCAUCAGCCGCUACCUGGAACGGGAAGGACUGCCGCUGAGCCUGAUCGGGGCCUCCUACCAGGGUGUCUCUGUGAACGACUGUAUCUACAGUGCCAAGACGGCAGUCACCCGGCUCCUGGACCAGGCCCGGUGAUCUGCCACCAGGCGCCCACCACUUACACUAACUCUGCUUCGAGUGGAGCCUCUGGCCAGACAACAGGCUCUGUGUGAGGAGAGGCUGCCUCCUGAGAGCUGGAUUCCUGCCUAAGGUGGGUGGGGCUGGGAGUGUCCUGCUGGGGGCCCCCUUGCAAUAGAGGGUCACUACCAGAAGCAGUGAGAGAAGGUGAGCGGGAAGGCUGGGGCACUGACUCUCAGUGGCUGUAGCCUGGGUUCUUCCCAGCAGUGCUUGGGUACCAGCCCAAGGGGUUGGGCUGGGCUAGGCUAGCUUGUCUCACCAUGGCCCUUCCUUCCCCACCCCCUUGGCUCACUUGGCCAAGCCCCUCCCUGGCUGGUGUAGUUUGGGGGGGAAGGGAGGGAGAUUGGCUGUGACCCCUCCUCAACCUCAAACUGUCAUUGAUUAAUAAACCCCCCCAUAGCUGGGUUAGCUCAGCUCUGUGCUGAUUCUCCCCUCACUACAGCAUGCUGGGAUGGGGGUGGGCAGGGGCCCAGGAGCUGGGACAAGGGCAGUGCCUGGCACUGAGAGCUGGUGUUGUGGCAGUGGGUGAACACUGCUAGGUACAGAACAGCUCAGGAGAAGCUGCAUCACGCUCGUGAGAGAUGCCCAUGGGCAGGCAGCCAGUUUCUAUAGGCUCUGUCCAGGCCAAGGGAGCUAAGUGAAGAAAGUCCAGCCCCAUUUCCAGGGCCAGGCUCCCUGAGCUGCGAGCCCCCCUCCACCCCCCAAGGUGGGGGUGGUGCAAAGGGAUGAGCCAAGGGGCCACUGUAGGACUAAACGUUUUAUUCAGCUCCUGCAUGGUGCAGCUGCAGCCAGGCAUGACGAGCACAUUCCUAAAUAAAUAACCACAGAAAAUUGUCAACAGCUAGAGGAGGAUCAGCCUCUGGGCUCUCCAAACUGCCAUGGGGGUGGGGGCUAGAUGUAGCCCCCUAGGUCACAAAUUGUUCUGGGGUGAGGGGAUGGGACCUGCCCAGCUUAUGCUAAGCACAGUCUACUCCCUUAAAGCAAAUUCAGUGCUGGGGAAGGUGCUGCCUGGAGGCCUUCUAGCUGGUAUAAGCUGGGCCUGCAGCAGCAGCUGGCACCCUCUGUGCCUGGUGGUGCCCUGGGCUUAUGGCUGGCCAGGCACUAGUGCCCAGAGCACAGGGGAGGGGAAAAGCUCCACCUGGAAUCCCAGGCAGGGGGUUCCUCUCCCUGCAGCUCCAAGCAGCAGGACUAGCUCUGCUCCUGCCAUGGCUGCUGUAGCCUGAACAGGCUCUGCCAAGGGCACAGCUACAUACAAUGGAGGCUGCUGGUGCUGAAUGCCCUGGCUCCUACAUACCCAAGCAGGGCAGCCAGGCACAGGCUAGCAGCUCCCCAGCUUGAGAGCAGCCAGGGCCAGGUCAGGCACAAGGUGAGUACUAGCCCCCAGGAAAGGAGGAAGGCAAGUCCCCCUCUCCCCACCCUCCCAUGGGAGAGCAGUGCUGCCCACCUCCAGGCGUGCUUCCCCUCAGGGCACAGGGCCUGCCUCCCACCUGCAGAGGAUUAACGCAGCAGCAGGAGACCAAUGUGGUGUGUAAAUCCAGCACCAAAGGGUAACAGCUCCAGGGAAAAGGGUCAGAGCUGAGCCCAACCUCCUCCCAAUCUCAGUGCCCCACUCAGCAGCCUGGCUGGGGCGCACUGCAACACCCCUUUCAGGGACAAAGCCCUGCCACCAGCUCCACACAAUGCCCAGAGCCACACAGAGCAGUGGGUGCUGUCAGCAGCCAGGGGCCCUGUUGCAGUUCACGAUUGGCCCAGGCAGGCUGGUCAGAUGCAGGCUUUCUCCAGUACAGCCCAGGAAGUCCUAGGCCCCCAGUUGCAGGGGCUAGGCUCGGGAAAGGGCACUAGUCUGGGGGGAAGACAUGAGCUUGCCCCCCCUACAGCACAGGGAUUUGGGCUCAGCUUGUCCUCAGGAGGGGAAGGGUUGAGGCUCCAGGAGUCUCAGUUCCCUUGAGGACAUGACCACAAGGGGGGCAGGGCGCCUGGGCUCAGUAAGAGCCUACUACAGCUAGUGAACAGCGCUUGGCUCGAACACCCCCUGGCAACAGGAUGCUAGAGCCCCCAGGUGGGGGGGAGGGGAAGGGGGAGCACUGCUGUACUGGAGGCACCAGAGCACCUGCUUCUCCCUUGCAGCAUGCGGAACUGAUUGCAGCCGUUCCCCCUGCAGGGCCCAACAGGAGG